CUUCAAAUAAGACACAAAAAAUGUCACUAAUACCAAGUUUUUUCGGAGGCAAUAGAUCAGGAUCAUCAAGCAUAUUCGACCCAUUUUCCCUAGACAUAUGGGAUCCAACUACUAGUGUAACCUCCUCGUCAGCUGAUAUGGUUGGUUUCACAAACACCCGUAUCGACUGGCGGGAGACCCCGGAAGCGCACGUUUUCAAGGCUGAUCUUCCGGGGUUGAAGAAGGAGGAGGUGAAAGUAGAGGUGGAAGAUGGGAAAGUACUUCAGAUAAGUGGAGAGAGAAGUAGAGAGAAUCGAGAAGAGAAUGAGAAGUGGCAUAGAGUGGAGAGAAGUUCUGGAAAGUUCUUAAGAAGGUUUAGGUUGCCUGAAAAUGCAAAGAUGGAUGAAAUUAAGGCGAAUAUGGAACAUGGGGUUUUGACGGUGACUGUGCCUAAGGUACAACAGAGACAGUCUGAUAUUAAGUCUAUUAAUAUCACUUAAAACAAUUAUAUUAAGCGAGUAAUUAACAAUAUGGAAUGAUCAAUCUUAU